AUGGGAAAAGCCAAAUAGAAGGUAGAGUCAUCAAUGGAGGAAGGAGCAAAAGAUUAUAAGAAGACUGGUUUUGUUGUGGACUCUGAUGAGGGUUCUGGAAAAGAAGCAUAAAAGAACAAUGAUGAGUCAUACAAUGAUGAGUUGUCAGAUGACGACUUGAUCUUGAUUGAGGAGAAUAGGAGAAUGUAAAGAUAGGGAAGACUCAAAAAAAUAGCAAAGAUUGAUAAUGAACCAGAAAUGGAGGAUGUCCAUGAGGAUUUGUUUUAAGAACCAUAAUCAGAAGAACCAAUUGACGAGAAUGAACAAAUUGAGUUAAUUAAUAAAUUGUUCGAUCCAAGUCAAAGAGAAGUGGCCUUCCUGAACCAGAAUGAUGAGGACAUAAUUAAAUAGGAUGUGCCUGAAUCUAUCCAAAACACCUACAUGAUGAUGACUAAUGGGUAGAUUAUGCAAAGUGCAAGGGAGGGAGCAUCAGUAGAGCAAUUGAAAUGGAUUGGAGAGAAGAUGUGUUCCUAGUUCGAUAUUAAAAAUUUAUCUGAUGUUUUGGUUGGGAUCAAACUAAUUUUGGAGUUCUAUAGGAAAGAGAACUUGGAUAUAAUGUAUAUCUAUACUUACAAACGCUAUCUCAUAACUUCUGCUUUACAAUUGGAACAUUAUUGGAAAAUAAGAGAACUAGAUUAUGAGUGGGAACACUUUUACAAUUUCAAGUCUAGGAUAUCAAAGUUGAUUGAUUCCUUGCCUGGAAAAUAUCAAAUCUAGAAGGACACAGCCAAUAUGUAUCUGCAGAAGGCCAAAGAAGUGGAGGAUCUGUAGAACCUGAAGGAUUGCAUUGAUUAUAUAAUAUUGAAAAACAAUUGCAGGAGGAUUGUGUAUUUGGAAUAGGAAUUAGAAAGAGUGAAUUAAGAGAAGCAAUUACUAGGUGAGAGAAUGAAUUAAGACUAGACUCUUGAAUAGGAGUAGGCUAGUUUCAACACUGAUAAUAUUGUAAAGGAGUUGUAGAAUCUGAGUUUGAAUGCAAAGAAGAAGCCUCACACAAAGGAGAAAGCCAUGUAGGAAUUCUUUAAAUAGAGAGUGGAUGAGGCAGCAUUGAAGUUUUGUUAUACUUCAGAUGAACUUUUCAGUAAGUUGCAAGGGAAGAGUGUCUAAGUGAAUAGAAAGUUCAUUUAAGAUCUGGAGGAAUUAUGGAGUCAUUAGGCAAAUACAACAGAGUUUAAAUCACAAGAUUCCAGUGCUGAAUAUGUCAAGUUAUUAUAAAAGUAUUUGAUGAAUGAACUCUAUCACCAUCCCUUCAUCAGGAGUUUUAUGAGUUAGAUAUACAGGGAUCAUCUAUUGAUAUCAACUGAGCCCACUUAACUGGGUAAUAAAGAAAUCACAGCAGUGAGUUACUUCUAUCCAGUCAAGAGAAUCAGACAUAGACAAUACAAAUAUAUGGAAGAUCAAACCUGGAUGCAGUGUCUCAGAGCAGAACAAUUAGGAUACAUCAACAUUAGUUUUACGGUUUCUAAAGAUAAAGAUCACAAAAAAGAAAAAAUUCCAAGAGAUGAUAUUAUGGUGUUAUUGUAUGAUAAAUUUGUCAAAAUUGAUGAUCAAUAGAAGGAACAAGAAAGUAUCAUGAGAUUUAGAGAUCUCAUUCUCAGAGGCAUCUUACAAGAAUUAUGGUAUCCCAUUUUAGAAAAAUAAAUUAAAUAAAAAUUGUAAACUCUCUCAACCAAACAUAUAGUGAGGAUGUGCUAAUAAAAAUUUAAAUCCCUCAUUAAUAAAUAACCUCAUAUUAGUGAACUUGCCAACAACCAAUUAAGGUAAUAGUUGAUUACCAAUCCAGAUGUCAAAAUCAUGUCUUUGGUGAUUGGAUAAGAAUAGUCAGAUGGCAAACUGCUCAAAACUUACUCUCAAGAUUGCUCUAUCCAAAAGAAAUGCAUUGGAAUGGCAAUUAUUGAUUAUAAGGGUGAAUAGCAGAGUCUCCAAAUCUUCAAUUAUCUAACCUAAGAUGAACGGAGAACUGAAAUGUUGGAAUAAAUCAGAAAGGAAUAAGUACUCCUAGAUAGUUUCUUUGAGAAGUAUAAACCAGAUCUUGUUGUCAUCUCAGCCAAUCACUCAGAUUGCUUGAAAUUAAGAGCUGAUUUACGUAAGAAAUAUAAGUAGACAUCCUCUGUUUAGAUCACUUUGGCAGAUUCAUAAAUCUCAAGGAUCUACAGUAUGAGUGAAAAGAGUAAUUUAUAAUCUCCUGACACCCCUCAAAUUCUGAAAGAGGCUAUUUCUUUGGCUAGAUACAAACUUAAUCCAAUGGCAGAAGUCUUAAAUCUAUGGAGUGAUGCCAUUGAUAAGAAUGGGUGUUUGCAUCUCAAUUUACAUCCUCUACAAUCUAUGGUCAGUCAGUAGGUGUUGCUUGAUGCAUUAAAACAAACUGCUACUGAAAUAGUCAAUUAGGUUGGAGUUGAUUUGGUUGAUUGUACUCUGCAUAAACACUUGGCAGAUCAAAUGCAAUUCGUCAAUGGCUUAGGAAGAAGGCAAGCUAAACAUCUAAUAACAAUGGUCAAAGGGUUAUUGAGUAAGAGUCUCUUUAAUAAUAAUUAUGAAGAUGAAAGACUCAUCUAUUCCAAAUUGGAGUAGGAUCAAAAGGAGUACAUCCAAAUUGAAAGGUAAGACAUCCUUAAGACACAGAUUUUGAAGAAAGUCGUAUUCAAAAAUGUGCAAGGAUUUAUCAAAAUCCAGAGAGGUAUUUAACCAUUAGACAUAACCAGAAUGCAAAUUAAAAUGUAUUCUGAUGCAGUACAUAUAGCCAGAUGUGCAUUAGAAGUUGGAGGUAGAGAUGAUAAAUAAAAUACAGUUGUGAGACAAUUGAUGAGUCAACCUCAUAAGAUGGAAGAUCUCCAACUGGAAGAUUGGGCAAAACAAAGAGAACUCAGAGAUGGAAGUGAAAAGUUCACCUUAGUAGCUCAAUUCAUGAAAGAGGAAUUAGCAAAUCCCUUCCUUUAUAAAUUUGAUACUUCAAAUAAGGAUAUGAGUAAUUCUGAAAUAUUCUAUGCAAUCACUCAAGAGUCUCCUUACACUUUUCGGAAAAACAGUGUUGUUCAAGGUUUGAUUACUAAAAAACUAGAAAGUAGAGACAGGAACAAGGAUGGUGAUAGAUUACUGAUAAAAUUAUCUAAUAAUGGGUUAUGUGGUACUCUACGCAAAGAGGAUAUGCUAGAGUAAGAGUUUGGGAUCGGAUAAAUUGUUAAAGCCUAUGUGAAGAGGAUACCAGCCACAGAGAACUAUAAUAAGAAUGAGAGUUUGAAUAUCUCAACUCUAGAGAACAAUAAUAAGACUGACAAUUUCCACAUCCUUUUCAUCGAAUUGUCAUUGAAGCCUGACUGGCAAAGAUGGGAUUAAGAUUAUUUGAAACCCCCUAAAUAUGAUCCAUGGCCUUAUACUAAUAUAUACUAUGAUGACUAUUGUAAUAAAGUUUUGCAAACCUUUGAUUAAAGUAAAUUCAAAGAGUUUGAUUAGCCAACCAUCCCCUAAGAUCAGAUGCCUAAUAGAUAGAGACAAUAGUAGAAAUUGAUUCUCAGAAAUAUUAACCAUCCUAAAUUCAAAUAAGUACUUCUUAAUGGGGCUCUGGAGUAUUUAGAAAGUCAACCUGUUGGUGAAUACAUCAUCAGACCAAAUCAAAAGCUCAAAGAUCAUUUAAAUAUCACAUGGAAAUUUCAUCAAGGUGUUAUUGUUCAUCUCUAUGUUUAAGAAUUAAAGUCAGCUUAGAGUUAUAAGCCUCAGCUUGUUUUGAAUGGCAAAACCUAUGAAUCUUUCAAUGAAAUCUUUGAAAACUAUAUAACUCCUUGCAAUCUCCACAUGGAAGCUGCUAUCAACAAUAAGAAAUUCUACAAUAUGAAGAUGGAAUAGGUAGAAUAGAAGUUGAAAGAAGACAAAGAAAAGGAUGAAGAAAUCAUACCCUAUGGUUUUUGUGUUACUGAAAAAGCUCCUUAACAUAUUGUUCUCUUGUACAUGAUGCAGAAGAAUAAGGUGGAAAAGGAAUACAUCAAAGUUAAACCUGAAGGUCUUAGUUUUCACUCUGUAAUGUAGAAUAAUCUCCAGGAAUUAACAUUGUGGUUUAAGUAAAACUUUAGAACCCAAGAGUAUAAUGAUUAUGUCAAAAAAAAUAAACCUCCUAUUCUUGAAACUAAUGAUAAAUCAAAUGAAUUGACUACAUAGUGGGAAGUUAAGAAGGAAUAAACUAAAGAAGAAAAAGUUAAGUAUGAAGAAUCAUCCUACAAUGUGAUAUGUUCCAGAUGUAAUAAACGAGGUCAUAAUGCAAAUGACUGUAGGUAAAUGAGAGACAAAGGAAGAUGUGGAGCAGGAGACUCUAGAAUGAGUUGUCAUAAUUGUGGUCAAAAUGGUCAUUUCAAAAAGAACUGCCCUAAAUUAAAUAAUCUUAGAAGAGAAAGAAGUCAUAGCAGAGAUAGAGAAAAAAUGUCUACUAAAAAGAAUUAAUUUUAAAAUAAAGUAGAAUAUACUCAUUAAUUUGGCUGGUGA